CUGAAGGCGUCGGAAACAUUCAACUUCUGGAGUGUACAUUUUCUUUAAUUGUCAGCGGAUGUGAUCAACUACCCGUGGCGAAAUAGACCAUAUCUCACGUGACAGAUACAUUCUCCAUUAUCCGGGGGAUUUCCAAACAUCCUGCAUACAAAAGCACUUGUGCGAGUGAAAAUUAUGUCAUUAGAGAUUUUACGAGACUGGCCAAACCUACCGCGAUGAACCAAUUUUUUUUACUAACUAUUUUCAUUUAUGUGGCACUUGGCGUUGUCCUGGAAGACUCCAGCAUUUUCAAGGAAGACUCGAGCAUUUUCAAAGAAGAAUCGAACAUUUUCAAGGAAGACCCAAGCAUUUUGAACUUCGACGCUUUGAAUGGAAAUGAUUCGACUUCUUUGGACAGGCCAGAUUCUACGUACCAGAUUGAUGAGAGAUUUGCAGGCUCCAGCGGAUUAUUCUUUCUGCAUCUGCUGAAGCACAAGUUAAACAAGUUGCAGUAUUUAGAGAAAAUUGCAACGACCCCAGGUACUCUUCCUAAUUGCAUCUGCGUACCGUACUAUCAGUGUGAUCGCAACAAUAAUAUAAUUCUUGAUGGCUUUGGAAAUAUCGAUAUUCGAUUGCGACCCUGCACUGGGAACCAGGAAGUAUGUUGUUAUUUGAGAAUCGUGACAACAAUGGCAUCAAUGCAAUCAAUGUCAAUGCGACCGACGAUGAUGAUGACAAUGCCAAUGAUGACAAUGCCUCCGAUGACAAUGCCUCCUAUGACUAUGCCUCCAAUGACUAUGCCUCCUAUGACUAUGCCUCCUAUGACUAUUGACUAUGCCUCCGAUGACAAUGCCUCCUAUGACUAUGCCUCCGAUGACAAUGUCUCCAAUGACUAUGCCUCCUAUGACUAUGCCUCCGAUGACAAUGUCUCCAAUGACUAUGCCUCCUAUGACUAG